GACAUUUCAGCAAGACAAUGAUCCCAAACGCACAGCCAAGGAAACUCUCAAAUGGUUUCAAAGAAAGAAAAUAAAACUGCUAGAGAGAAUGACCCAGCCAACCACCUGACCCUUGAAAAUCUAAGGAAAGAAUUGAAGAUCAUGAUUUAUAGAAGAGGCCCAAGGAACCUUCAAGAUUUGAAGAAUGGGCCUAAAUCCCACCAGAGCAAUAAGCAAGAUGAAACCUGCAUACAUGUCCUCUGGUUAUGUGUUAUAUACUAUGUAUAUCAUAAUCCUGGUCCCUAUUAAAGCUGAAAAUCACUGUAAGGUCACAGCAGAAAAAGCUGACUGCAGUCACUUGGAAUUGUCAACUAUACCUUCUGACCUUCCAUCAACCAUUACCAUUCUAGACCUUUCUCACAAUCGACUGAAGUCAUUACCUGUAGCCAAUCUCUCCAGAUAUGACAAAGUUGAACAUCUGGAUGUGGGUUAUAAUACUCUCCACAUCCUCGACACGACCUUAUGUCAACAAUUACACAUGCUUAAAAUACUUAUCUUACAGCACAAUGAAUUUACCAAGAUUCCAGAAAAAGCCUUUCUUUCCUGCACAGGUCUUGUUGAGUUACGACUAAAUUCUAAUGGAAUAAAAGAAAUUACUGGAAACCCAUUUGUGAAUCUCCAGAGCUUACGCAUUCUUGAUGUGUCUCACAACAAAAUGACAUCUACAGCAUUAGGAGACAAACAACAGCUAUCAAACCUCAUCGAGAUUCUGUAUUCUCAUAAUAUGAUCAAAGAGCUGAAGAAAGAGAAUUUUAUAUUUCUUGGGAACAACUCUCUGCAGAAGCUUGAUCUUUCAUCCAACCCUGUAAAAGAGAUUCAAGCUGACUGUUUUCAACAACUGACCUAUCUUCAUACUCUCACAAUGGCCAACAUGACCCUUGGACCCAAGUUAACAGAGGAUCUUUGCUCACAGUUGGCAGACACGCAAAUUAAGGUCCUUAUUCUGCUUAAUUCUCAGCUCAACAGAAUACACAAUACAACCUUUAAAGGCUUAAACUCUACAAAUCUUAUAAGUCUGGAUGUUUCUAAGAACAGUUUGUCACAGAUUGAAAAUAAUUCAUUUAUUUAUUUGCAACAUUUGAAAAAUCUAAACUUGGAAGAAAGUCAAGUCAGUCAUCUGACUUCCGUAGCUUUUAGCGGUUUAUCAAAUGUGACAUACUUGAAUUUAAAGAAGUUUUUUAGCAAUUCAAAAGACCCUAAAAUUGAUGAUUUUUCAUUUCAAUGGCUUCAAAACCUGCAAUACCUAAAUAUGGAGGAAAAUAAAAACAUUAACCCUUCAGAAAAUACCUUCACUGGUCUGAUAAGCUUAAGAUAUUUAAGCCUCAGUGGAUGCACAUUUCAAACUAUUACAAAUAAAACUUUUGCAUCUCUUUCAAAGUCCUCCCUAAUAGCAUUGAAUCUGACAAAAACAGGAUUAACUAAAGUAGGGCCGGGAGCUUUUAAUGGUCUGGAACACCUGGAGAUGCUUGAUUUAGGAGUUAACCAGAUUGACCAGUACCUUACUGGACAAGAAUUUGAAGGUCUUCGCAGUAUUAAACAGAUAUAUCUUUCAUAUAACAAACAUUUGACUCUAACAAGUAGUACAUUUUGUAAUAUUUUAUCCCUUGAAAAACUGAAUCUCAGGAAGACCGCAUUGACAUUUAAGAGCCCAAGCAAUUCUCCUUUUAACUGUGUACGCAACCUAACCUUUCUGGAUCUUGGUAACAACAAUAUUGCUAACAUAGAAGAAGAUUUUUUUAGCGGUCUUCAUAAUCUAAGAAUUCUAAGUUUACAACAUAACAACCUUGCUCGAUUGUGGAAAAAGGCUAAUCCUGGUGGUCCUGUAUUGUUUCUAAGAGGCCUUCAGAAUCUUGAAAUACUUGACCUACUUUCCAAUGGCUUUGAUGAGAUACCUGCUGACGCUUUUAAGGGUCUUUCAAAUUUAAACAUCUUGAACCUAGGGGAAAAUAAUGUUUACAUAUUGCCACCAUCUCUGUUUGCAGAUCAAAGAUUACUAACUGCUCUGGAUCUACAUAAAAAUCUGAUAACAUCUGUUGAAGAAAACAUUUUCAAAAAUGUUUUUAGUAAUCUCAAAACUUUAAAUAUGGCCAAUAACCCAUUUGACUGCACGUGUGAAAGCAUAGCUUGGUUUGCAAGUUGGCUUAAUACAACCAAUACAAGUGUUCCAAGCCACGACUCACAGUAUAUCUGUAAUACACCCAGUAAUUACCAUGGAGUUUUGGUUGAGAAAUUUGAUAAUUCACCCUGCAAAGAUAAUGCCCCCUUUAUGACAUUAUUUAUACUAAGCUUUACUGUUAUAAGCUCUCUGCUGGUUUUGGUUUUGCUGCUACACUUCCAGGGCUGGAGAUUAACAUUUUACUGGAAUGUUUUGGAGAAUAAAAUACUUGGCUUUAAAGAAAUUGACCCAGGAAACCAAAGGUUUGAAUAUGAUGCUUUUCUCAUUCAUGCCAAGAAAGACAUGCGCUGGGUUGACCGAUAUCUGAUUCCUCUUGGAGAAGACAAGAACUGCAACUUUAAAUUCUGUUUUGAGGAAAGAGAUUUUGAAGCUGGAUUAUCGCGUCUAGACCUGAUUGUCAACAGCAUCAGAAGAAGCAGGAAGCUAAUUUUUGUGAUAACACGUCAUUUCCUAGAUGACCAGUGGUGCAGGAGAUUCACGAUUCAGCAAGCCAUCCAGCAAGCUAUUGAGCAAAACCAGGACUCCAUUGUACUCUUAUUUUUAGAGGACAUUCCAGACUAUAAACUAAAUCACAGCAUACAUCUAAGAAGAGGAAUGUGCAAGUCCCGAUGCAUUCUAGAGUGGCCUCUACAGAAAGCGAGGUUAAACGCUUUUCAAGAAAAACUAAAAAUUGCUCUAGGGUCAUCUAAUAUAGUAAAGUAAAAUGGACUAUACAUACUGAUGGAUGAUAUGCCCAGCAAGCUAUUAAGAUGAAUGAAGAAGAUAUCACAGCCUACGUCUAAGAAGAGAAAUAGGGAUCCCAGCACAUUCUAGGUUGGCCUGUUCAAUAGGAGUAGGUAAUGCUAUUCUAUGAAGAUGUAAAUAAUUCUUUGGAGGUUAUGGAUCAUGUGCACAAAAAUGUUAGUUAAGUAUUACUUUUAGUGUUCUUUUCUAUAAAAAAAGGAAAAAGAAAAGCGA